AUGUCAAAGUCAAAUACAACCGAGUUCUCCAACCCCUCUGUCUUCAUCCUGCAGGGUAUUCCUGGCCUGGAGGCAGCCCAUGGCUGGAUCUCCAUCCCCUUCUGCAUCAUGUAUGUCAUAGCCACCUUGGGAAACUUUGCCAUCCUCUUCAUUGUAAAGACAGAACCGAGCCUCCAUGAGCCCAUGUACUAUUUCCUCUGCAUGCUGGCCUUCACCGACCUGGUUGUGGCCACGUCUACCCUGCCGAAAAUGUUGAGCAUCUUCUGGUUCAAUUCCAGGGAGAUUGAAUUCAAUGCCUGCCUCACCCAGAUGUAUUUUGUGCUCUGCUUCUCAGUGAUAGAGUCAGGGAUCUUCGUGGCCAUGGCGUUGGAUCGCUACGUGGCCAUCUGCCACCCCCUGAGACAUUCCACCAUCCUCACAAACCCCACUGUGGUCAUGAUCGUCUUAGCCGUGGUACUGCGUUCUAGCAUUCUCACACUGCCCUUUCCGUGCUUGGCGAGCCGAUACCCAUAUUGCAGAACCAACAUCGUCCCCGAGCCAUUCUGUGCACACAUCACCGUGGUGAGCCUGGCCUGUAGCGACAUCCGUGUCAGUAGCUACUAUGGCCUCUUUGUUUUAUUCUGUGUCUAUGGUCUGGAUGUGAUUCUUAUUACCAUUUCUUAUACCCAGAUCCUCGGGGCCAUCUUCAGACUCCCCACCAAGGAUGCCCGUCUCAAGACUUUUGGGACCUGCAGCUCCCACCUCUGUUCCAUGCUGGUCUUUUACAUGCCAGGUCUCUUCUCCUCUCUCAUGAUUCGUUUUGCAGAGAAGGUGCCUCUCUAUGUCCAUAUUCUCUUUGGUUACUCAUGCUUCUUAUUGCCCUCCACACUAAACCCCAUCAUCUAUGGGGUGGGGACCAAACAGAUCCAGAAAAGGCUCUUCCAGCUCUUCACUCAUAAAGGGACCUAA